AUGUGUGAUCAUCAGGCUACAAUUUAUGAACACCACAUCUUCCCUAAGUUUCAGGUCACUUGUUGGCAUAUUCCAUCAUCGGACGACCGUACCCCACCCAAAUUAUACCUUUCUUCUGGACAUUAUUCUUCCAAGAAUUCGGCGUUCGCCUCGCUGUUUCUCUGUUUCAAUGUGUGCUGCCUUUCAGGAUGUCCUGAAGGUUCAUCAAACAUCAUACUUCAUGGUAGCUUAGCCGAUCUCAAAUUUGCAAAAUACUACCUGAAGUGCUUAGUCUGUGAUCUUGAGAACAUAGAGGGCAAGUACGAUUCGGUUAACCCCGAUAGUUUCAAAAAUGUAUUCAGUGAAUGUAGCUUAGUUUUUUUAGAAGAUAGAUCGGAUGACAUCGUUGUAGCGGUGGCAAGUGCUGGUCCAACACCGACGGCUGUGCAAUUCUUGGAACUGUUCAAAAGGAAAAAGCAAGUGACACGCGAGGAUGUUGACAAGUAAGC